AUAUGUAAUAGUUUACUGUUCUUGAAUGCACCCCAAGGCUGGGAACAUUCACUGCGCAAACCAUGGAACAAACGGCAUUUGUUUCUCUGACAUUAAACCUAUAAAACUCGUACUAAUUUGCUAUUCACUCCAUUGGGUUUUCCACUUCGGUUGUAACAAACUUACUCAGACAUAAUGCUGAUAAACAGCUGUUCAUAGUUUAUCGCUUUUAAUAAAAUGUAACUCUUCGUCCUGAGUGUUCGAAACAGCGGCUUGGUCUAGGAACGGACAACCAACUCAUACUUCCUGUUCUGAUCUUAUUGUAAGGAGUCUAAAGCCGUCAAGAUGCUUGAGACACCUCCUGGGUAUCCAUUUGAAGAGAUAGAAUAUGAGGAUAUAGAAGUUGAAGAGGUUGUUGGCAGAGGAACAUUUGGAGUUGUCUUCAAGGCCAAAUGGAAAGGCAAAGAUGUGGCCAUCAAGACCAUAGAGAGUGAAUCUGAGAGGAAAGCUUUUGUAGUAGAGCUCCGCCAGCUUUCCAGAGUAAAUCACCCAAAUAUUGUCAAGCUCUAUGGUUCAUGUCAUAAUCCAGUCUGUCUUGUUAUGGAAUACGCUGAAGGUGGCUCUUUAUACAAUGUGCUGCAUGGAGCUGAGCCCCUGCCCCAGUACAGUGCAUCCCAUGCUAUGAGCUGGUGUCUGCAGUGUGCUCAGGGGGUCUCCUAUCUCCAUGGCAUGAAACCCAAGGCCCUCAUUCACAGAGACCUCAAACCACCCAAUCUGCUACUUGUACAGGGGGGCACAGUGUUGAAGAUCUGUGACUUUGGGACAGCCUGUGACAUUCAGACACACAUGACCAACAACAAAGGAAGCGCAGCCUGGAUGGCACCAGAAGUGUUUGAAGGCAGUAACUACAGUGAAAAGUGUGAUGUGUUCAGCUGGGGUAUCAUCCUGUGGGAGGUGAUCACUCGCAGGAAGCCCUUUGACGAGAUCGGAGGAUCGGCCUUCUGCAUCAUGUGGGCCGUGCACAGAGGUACUCGCCCACCCCUGAUAAAGGACCUCCCGGAGCCCAUUGAGGGCCUGAUGACACACUGCUGGGACAAAGACCCUGCCCAGAGGCCCUCCAUGGAGGAGGUCAGAAACACCAUGGCAAGCCUCAUGAAGUACUUCCCAGGGUCUGAUGAGCCUCUUCAGUACCCCCACCAGUGUCCAAGCAACAGCAGGAGUGGCUCCUCAUCAGCCACAAGCACAGGUUCCAAUGCAGACAACACUAUCAACAGCUACAGAUCCGAAGGCAACAUGGAGCAUGGAACAAACUGUCAAGAGAGAGAUGACACCCUGAAAAACGAAAAAUUUCCACUUCAGUUCAAACCUUUAAAGGGGGGAACAUUACGCCACAGCCUGCCCCUAUCCAGAGGGCCUAGUAUGGAGAGCCUGCCUGAGCGUACCCAGAGCCCUGCCCCCACUGAGGUCAAAGGGCAAUGUGCUGGCCAGUCAGGGCCAGAGCUGAGAGCACCUAUCAGUCCCACAGAUAUUAAUGGUUUGGACAGCUCCAUCCCCAUGGCUUAUCUGACACUAGAUCACCAGCUGCAGCCCCUGGCCCCAUUCUCAAACUCCAAUGAGUCCAUGGCUGUGUUUGAGCAGCACUGCAGAAUGGCCCAGGAGUACCUGAAAGUGGAGACUGAAAUUGCCCUACUCACCCAGAGAAAGAAGGAGUUAAUCUCUGAGCUGGACCAGGAUGAAAGGGAGCAGCAAAAUACUUCCCGUCUGGUUCAGGAGCACAACAAACUGUUGGACGAGAACAAGAGCCUCUCCACCUACUUCCACAUUUGUAAGAACAAGCUAGAGCGGAUUCAGAGUCAGCAACAACAGAAGAGUUAGAAUACCUUUUGAUGUGUGCUUGCUGCCCCAGAACUGUCCUCAGAUCAUCAGCAGCCAAAUAGACUGUCAAGGGGCCAUUUUGUGUGGUCUCCUCUGUAGACCCUCAACUGUUUUGGGAUUUGCAGACAAAUAUACCUGCCAUAUUUGUGAUGACUGCUUCAUAUUUCUCAUCAACUGUUUUCAGAUGAGCAGCCCAAGAGACUGGCCAUUUAGUGAACUCUUCCCUGUUGCUCUUAGCUGUUCCUGGAUCAGUGGCCAAAGCGGAAGGCCAUGUCAUUCUGAAUGCUUUGUAGAUCCCCAACUGAUCCAGUCAGCAGCGGACUGCACAAAGCAUGUCUCCCCUCAGAUUCUUGCUCCCCAAUGCGCUGUACAGUAACAACAUACUCCACCUGUCUCAAUCCAGAGCUGCGUUCAGUACAACAAUGUUGCAAAAUGUUGUGCAAGACCUAUUAAAAACAGCUAAGUUAAUUUACAUGCAUGUUUUCGGAAAGACGUCAUUCUAUUCUGCCAGAGGUACACUGGACUAGUUGAACAAGGAAAGUCUGGAGGUCCUGUAAAGUCAUCUCCUACUGUAGCUAUUGACAUCAAGAGGAAAAUGCAGUUGCCCCUAGAGACUGAUCUUGGGUCAGUUUAGUACCCCCCCCCCCCCCCACACCAUUGUGCCUAAGGGCAACUUCUGUCCAUAGCUCGACAUCCAGGAAUUAUCAGAAAGGCUUUGUAGAAAAUGAUUGAUGAUGUGAAGGGGGGUGACUUGCAGUAACACCUCAGAUGACUUGAGGUGUUUCCUGUCUUGUAGCAGAUGACUGUCACUAUACCCUCCCAGGACUGUUCUAGAGGUGCUAGUUGUAAAAGAAGUGACUCAGCUUGUUUUCACCGUCUGACUCUGGCCUCUCUGUGACAGCUAGCUUGGUAUGGAGAUGACAAAUAGAUGACUAAGUUGUGUUUUUAAAGGUUUAUACUCAUUCUUAUAUCUGUAUUCCCUUUUUACGUACACAGAGUAAACAAAACUUUAGGAACACCUUCAUAAUAUUGCAUUGCACACCCUUUUCCCCUCAGAACAGCCUCAGUUUGUCAGGACAUGGACUCUACAAGGUGUCGAAGGUGUUCCACUGGGAUGCUGGCCCAUGUUGAUUCCAAUGUUGGCUGG